AUGAAUGGUAAUGAAGGUGCAAUUGGCGAUGAAGGAGUGAUCAUAGGCGAAGGGGCCUUCAUUGGUGGAGUGAUCAUCGAACGGGACAUUGGCGAUGAAGGUGGUAUUACUGAUGGAGGGUUUAUUGAGGGUGAAGGAGGCUUUGGUGGACUAGUUGUUGGGGCUUUUAAUGGUGGAAAGGCCAUUGAUGGGGAAGGGGCCAUUGGUUCAAAAGGGGACAUUUGUGGAGAAGGUUCGUUAGAUAAUGGAGGAGAGAUUGGGGGUGAAGGCGAUUUUGAUGAUGGGGUACUGACCAUUGGAGAAGCUAUUAGAGCAUUUUGUAGUGGUGGUGGUGAAGUGAUUGGAGAUGAGGGAGUCAUAUAUGGUGAAGGAGAAAUUACGGAUGAAGGGGCCAUUGGAGGGGAUUUUAGUGGUAUAGGUGCCUUUAAUGGUGAAGGAGACUUUGAUGGUGGAGUGACUAUAGAUGCGAAAGGAGCCAUUAUUGGUGGUGAUUGGGUCAUUGGUGGUGGAGGAGCACUAAAGGGUGAAGGGGCUUUUGCAGGUGGAGUCACCAUUGGUGGGGUCAUUGGCGAGGUAGGAGCCUUUGUAGGUGGAGGGAUCAGCAGAGGUGGAAAAGGUGCCAAUUUUGGUGGAGGUGUCAUUGGGGUUGAAGGGGCUAUUGAGGGUGAAGGACCAAUUGAAGGUGAAGGGGCCUUUGCUGGCGGAGUAAUCAUUGGUCGGACCAUUAAGCCAUUAUGGGGUGAAGGUGCUUUUGCUGGUGGAGUGACCAUUGAUGGCGAAGGGCUUUUUACUGGUGAAUGGAUAAUGGGGAGUGAAGGGGCUAUUGGUGGAGAAGGAGCUUUAGCUAGUGGAGGUGUAGAUGGAAAUGAAGGAGAGAUGAUAGGUGAAGGGACAUUUUCUGGUGGAGUAAGUAUUGAAGGGGGCAUCGUUGGGAAAGGGGACUUUGUAGGUGAAAGAGUGCUUGCUGGAGUAAGUGCCUUUUCAAGGCAUAGGAUGUUUUUCGGAGGAGUCAUUAAUGGGGUAGGGGGCUUUGUUGGUGAUGGGGCCUUUGGGGUUGAUGGGGUUGUUGGUGGAUAA